AAUAAAAAAAAAAUAUAAACAUUCUUCGUGCGGUUCGACUCGGCAUCAGCCGCCAGCAACCUCAAAGAAGAAAGCACGUGAAAGUGCUUCCAGUAAGCGGUUCCGAAAGAAGCCUAUCGGGAAAAAUCCGAUGAAAAUAUGUCUCUUGUGGAAGUGCGAACCACGUCUCUAAAGGGAAGAGGGCUGUACGCCACUGCUCCCAUAAAGGAGGGAACCGUUCUCUUCGAGGAACCGCCGCUGGUGUCGGCCCAGUUUUCGUGGAACUAUAUCUAUGGCUACUUGGCGUGCGAGUACUGUCUGAAGCCGCUGGAGACGGCCGAAACCAACGUUCGCCGGUUGACGAACGAUUACAGCAUCAGUUUGCCGUACGCGGAAUGCUGCCCCAUUCAGGAACAACUGGGUGGUCAUACCAAGUGCCCGGAUUGCCGGGAAGUCUACUGCAGCGACGAGUGCUUGCAGAACGCCGUUAAACUGUACCACCGGGUGCUGUGCCUGGGUGCGGCCAAGGGCAAUUCCGAGCACCCGACAAAUGCACUCGUCGAAUUUUGGAAGAAAACGCACUAUCCUCCGGAAACGUCCAGCAUCCAGCUGGUGAUCAAAAUCAUCGGAAUGUUCAAACAGAGUGACGACAUUGCGGGACUGCGCGCCAAGUUCGACGACUUCGUCAGUCAGACCAUGAACGAAGAUUUGAUGAUUUUCCACAAAAUGUUGGGCGAGAACUUCUCGCAGCAGAUCGACGAGUUGUACGAGCUGAUCAGCAGAGCAUUCGAUCCGACUGCUGACGAGCGCCUGAAGUGGCUUACCCUGAGCGGAUUUCGAUCGCUGCUAGCGUUGAUCGGAACAAAUGGUCAAGGCAUUGGGACGAGCUCAUUUGCGGACUGGGUGCGUAAUGUGUCGGAGCUGGACCUACCGGACCAGCAGCGUGAAUCUGUGGACAUACUGAUCGACAAUCUGUACAACAAACUGGACGAGGUGGUGGGCACCUUUCUCAACAACGAAGGAUCGGCUUUGUACAGCUACCAGAGCAAGGUCAAUCACAGCUGUUCGCCAAACGUCGAGUGUCGGUUUCCCCAUUCGAACAACGUGUUGGCACUAACGGCCACCAGGGACAUUAAGGUAGGUGAAGAGAUUUGCAUUUCCUAUCUGGAUGAGUGCGCUCUGGAACGGUCGCGCCAUUCGCGGCAAAAGAUGCUCAGCGAGAACUACCUGUUCCAAUGUCAGUGCGAGAAGUGCGACAGUCAGGUUAACGAUCCGGACGAGACUUCGGACGAUGAGGAGGAGGACGACGACGACGACAUGGACGAUGACUCGGACUAGUGUUGGAAAGGGAAAAAAUAUACAAUCAUACAUUUCAAAUCAACUAA